GAGUGCGAGCUGAAAGCUGCUGGAGAGUGAGCAGCCCUAGCAGGGAUGGACAUGAUGAUGUUGGUGCAGGGUGCUUGUUGCUCGAACCAGUGGCUGGCGGCGGUGCUCCUCAGCCUGUGCUGCCUGCUACCUUCCUGCCUCCCGGCUGGACAGAGUGUGGACUUCCCCUGGGCUGCCGUGGACAACAUGAUGGUCAGAAAAGGGGACACGGCGGUGCUUAGGUGCUUUUUGGAAGAUGGAGCUUCAAAGGGUGCCUGGCUGAACCGGUCAAGUAUUAUUUUUGCGGGAGGUGAUAAGUGGUCAGUGGAUCCUCGAGUUUCAAUUUCAACAUUGAAUAAAAGGGACUACAGCCUCCAGAUACAGAAUGUAGAUGUGACAGAUGAUGGCCCAUACACGUGUUCUGUUCAGACUCAACAUACACCCAGAACAAUGCAGGUGCAUCUAACUGUGCAAGUUCCUCCUAAGAUAUAUGACAUCUCAAGUGAUAUGACCAUCAAUGAAGGAACCAACGUCACUCUUACUUGUUUGGCCACUGGGAAACCAGAGCCUUCCAUAUCUUGGCGACACAUCUCCCCAUCAGCAAAACCAUUUGAAAAUGGACAAUAUUUGGACAUUUAUGGAAUUACAAGGGACCAGGCUGGGGAAUAUGAAUGCAGUGCGGAAAAUGAUGUGUCAUUCCCAGAUGUGAGGAAAGUAAAAGUUGUUGUCAACUUUGCUCCUACUAUUCAGGAAAUUAAAUCUGGCACCGUGACCCCCGGACGCAGUGGCCUCAUAAGAUGCGAAGGUGCAGGUGUGCCGCCUCCAGCCUUUGAGUGGUACAAAGGAGAGAAGAAGCUCUUCAAUGGCCAACAAGGAAUUAUUAUUCAAAAUUUUAGCACAAGGUCCAUUCUCACUGUUACCAAUGUGACACAGGAGCACUUCGGCAAUUAUACUUGUGUGGCUGCCAACAAGCUAGGCACAACCAAUGCGAGCCUGCCUCUCAACCCUCCAAGUACAGCCCAGUAUGGAAUUACCGGGAACGCUGAUGUUCUUUUCUCCUGCUGGUACCUUGUGUUGACACUGUCCUCUUUCACCAGCAUAUUCUACCUGAAGAAUGCCAUUCUACAAUAAAUUUAAAGACCCAUAAAAGGCUUUUAAGGAUUCUCUGAAAGUGCUGAUGGCUGGAUCCAAUCUGGUACAGUUUGUUAAAAGCAGCGUGGGAUAUAAUCAGCAGUGCUUACAUGGGGAUGAUCGCCUUCUGUAGAAUUGCUCAUUAUGUAAAUACUUUAAUUCUACUCUUUUUUGAUUAGCUACAUUACCUUGUGAAGCAGUACAUAUUGUCCUUUUUUUAAGAUGUGAAAGCUCUGAAAUUACUUUUAGAGGAUAUUAAUUGUGAUUUCAUGUUUGUAAUCUACAACUUUUCAAAAGCAUUCAGUCAUGGUCUGCUAGGUUGCAGGCUGUAGUUUACAAAAACGAAUAUUGCAGUGAAUAUGUGAUUCUUUAAGGCUGCAAUACAAGCAUUCAGUUCCCUGUUUCAAUAAGAGUCAAUCCACAUUUACAAAGAUGCAUUUUUUUCAUUUUUGAUAAAAAAGCAAAUAAUAUUGCCUUCAGAUUAUUUCUUCAAAAUAUAACACAUAUCUAGAUUUUUCUGCUCGCAUGAUAUUCAGGUUUCAGGAAUGAGCCUUGUAAUAUAACUGGCUGUGCAGCUCUGCUUCUCUUUCCUGUAAGUUCAGCAUGGGUGUGCCUUCAUAAAAUAAUAUUUUUCUCUUUGUCUCCAACUAAUAUAAAAUGUUUUGCUAAAUCUUACAAUUUGAAAGCAAAAAUAAACCAGAAUGAUAGUUAAACCAUACACUAUCUCUAAGUAAUGAAGGAGCUAUUGGACUGUAAAAAUCUCUUCCUGCACUGACAGUGGGGUUUGUGAAUUUUGCCCCACACUAACUCAGUUCUUGUGAUGAGAAACAAUUUAAUAACAGUAUAGUAAAUAUCCCAUAUGAUUUCUUUAGUUGUAGCUAAAUGUUACAUCCACUGUGGGAAACCAUUUCCUUUAAAAAGACAGCACAGUCCACUCAAAGGAUUGCCUAGCAAUACAGCAUCUUUUCCUUUCACUAUUCCAAGCCAAAAAUUUUAAGAUGAUUUGUCAGAAAGGGCACAAAGUCUUAUCACCUAAUACUACAUGAGUUGGUAAGCACUCAUCAUUAAUUUUGUUUUGUGGCAGCUAAGUUAGUAUGACAGAGGCAGUGCUCCUGUGGAUAGGAGCAUUUUGCAUAUUUUCCAUCUGAAAAUAUCACUCAGUUGAUAGUCUGGAAUGCAUGUUAUAUAUUUUAAAAGUUCCAAAAUAUAUUAUAACAGACAUUCUAUAUUGGUAUGUAGCAGACCAAUCUCUAAAAUAGGUAAUUCUUCAAAAAAAUCUUUCUAUAUAGCCAUUUCAGCUCAAACAAGUAAAACCAAAAAAGACCAUCCCUUAUUUUUUGCUUACAUGAUAUAUGUAAGAAGUGAUCAAAUAAAGACAAAACACCAAUGAUGAGAAUAUCUUAAGAUAUACUAAUUAUCAAAAUAUUGUGAAUGUUAUUUCUACUAUAAAUAACGAAAACUACAUUUUUGAAGCAAAAUGCCGUUACUCUAAACAUUAAAUUGCAGGAAUAGUUUGACGGUUUCACUCUUUACUAAAGAAAGACCAUCACCUUGAAAGCCAUUUUACGGGUUUGAUGAAGUUACCAAUUUCAGCACACCUAGAUUUCUACAAAUAGUCCCCUUUUACAAGUCAUAACAACAAAGAUCCUACAAUAAAAUUAGAGACAAGAAAUUUUGCAGUGGUUAUACAUAUUUGAGAUAUCUAGUAUGUUGCCCUAGCAGGGAUGGCUUAAAAACUGUGAUGUUUUUUUCUUCAAGUAACACUUUGUCCCAAAGUACACCAUAAAUCAAUUUUAAUUAGAAAAGUGAAUCUUAAAUGAGGGGACAUAGUAUACCUUUCCACAAAAUCGCAAUAAUAAGGCAUAAAGCUAGUGAGUCUACUAACUAUAAUAAAUGUAUGACAUGAUUUUGAUUGAUACAUUAAAAAAGAGUUUUUAGGACAAAUAUGACAUUUAACUUUAUUAUUUAUUUGCUUUUAAAAAAUAUUCUUUGUGGAAUUGGUGAAUAAACUACAAAAUAUUAUUUUGUAUUGCAGCUUUAAAGUGGCACACUCCAUAAUAAUCUACUUACUAGAAAUAGUGGUGCUACCACAGAAAAUGUUAACCAUCAGUACCAUUGUUUGGGAGAAAGAAACAGAUCAAGAAUGCAUAUUAUUCAGUGACCGCUUUCCUAGAGUUAAAAUACCUCCUCUUUGUAAGGUUUGUAGGUAAAUUGAGGUAUAAACUAUGGAUGAACCAAAUAAUUAGUUCAAAGUGUUGUCAUGAUUCCGAAUUUGUGGAGUCUGGUGUUUUUACCAUAGAAUGUGACAGAAGUACAGUCAUAGCUCAGUAGCUAUAUGUAUUUGCCUUUAUGUUAGAAGAGACUUUCUUGAGUGACAUUUUUAAAUAGAGGAGGUAUUCACUAUGUUUUUCUGUAUCACAGCAGCAUUCCUAGUCCUUAGGCCCUCGGACAGAGUGAAAUCAUGAGUAUUUAUGAGUUCAAUAUUGUCAAAUAAGGCUACAGUAUUUGCUUUAUUGUGUGAAUGUAUUGCAUAUAAUGUUCAAGUAGAUGAUUUUACAUUUAUGGACAUAUAAAAUGUCUGAUUACUCCAUUUUAUCAGUCCUGACUGUACAAGAUUGUUGCAAUUUCAGAAUAGCAGUUUUAUAAAUUGAUUUAUCUAUUAAUCUAUAACAAUUUUUGUUAGCUGUUCAUUUCAGGAUUAUAUUUUCUACAAGUUCCAUUUGUUGCCCCUAUUUUUUUUAAAGAAGGAAGAAAGAAAAAUAAGUAGCAGUUUAAAAAUGAGAAUGGAGAGAAAAGAAAAAGAAUGAAAAGGAAAGGCAGUAAAGAGGGAAAAAAGGAAGGGUGGAAGGCAUGAAGGAAGGAAGAGAGGAAGGGAAGAAGGUAGGGAGAAAGAAAGGAUGAGAGGGAAGGAAGAAUCAGAGUGUUAGGGUAGUUAACUUACACAUUUGCAUUCUUAGUUUAACGGCAAGUGGUGUAAUUAUGUUUUACAAUGAGCACAUUUGAAACGUAAGUCCUAUUAUACCAUUAAGUUCCUAUUAUGCAGCAAUUAUAUAAUAAAAAGUAUUGCCCAAGUUAUAGUAAUGUGAGUGUUUUUGAGACACUAAGAGAUUUGAGAGAGACAAUUUCAAACGUAAAGCCACUUUUGGGGGGGUUUAUAACUUAACUGAAAAAUUAAUGCUUCAUCUUAACGUUUAAGCUAUAUCUAGAAAGUAGACUGGAGAACUGAGAAAAUUACCCAGAUAAUUCAGGGCAAAAUAUAUAUAUAAAUACCCCUAUGUUUGAAGUCAAAAUACUCUGAAAAACUGAAUUAUCAAAGUCAAUCACCUACAAUGAUCAAAUUUACUGAAUAAUUGUUAAUUUAUCCAUUGUGCUUAGCUUUGUGACACAGCCAAAAGUUACCUAUUUAAUCUUUUCAAUAAAAAUUGUUUUUUGAAAUCCAGAAAUGAUUUAAAAAGAGGUCAGGUUUUUAACUAUUUAUUGAAGUAUGUGGAUGUACAGUAUUUCAAUAGAUAUGAAUAUGAAUAAAUGGUAUGCCUUAAGAUUCUUUGAAUAUGUAUUUACUUUAAAGACUGGAAAAAGCUCUUCCUGUCUUUUAGUAAAACAUCCAUAUUUCAUAACCUGAUGUAAAAUAUGUUGUACUGUUUCCAAUAGGUGAAUAUAAACUCAGUUUAUCAAUUAAAAUAUGUAUUUGACUCAUUUUAAAACUCUAUUAGUUUAAGAGAAAGAAGGAAGAAACAAUAAUUUGAAAAUAUUUCUGCUAUUCUCUUUAUUUCCUGUAUUACAUUCAUCUUUCUGCUUACUCUAAAGCAGUACAGGGUAAAAUUUUUAGAUGCUACAGUUUCAAAGGACUCCACGCUAUUUUCUUUCUUGCUGUUGCUGAUUCCUAAAAGGUUUGAUGAGCUGAACUACAUCUAAACUAAAAAUAAGUUUUCUGGAAACAUUUUAUUAUUAAUUAUUUAGAACCUUUACCAGGUAAAAUACAUCAGAGUUAGCAACAGAGACUGAUGAUAAAAUUCUGAUGAUCUUACAGGCUAAACAACUGAAAACUCAAAUGCUUGUAAGAGCCAGGCAGAGUGUAAUUUCUUAAGACAGCUUGGUAUGAAACAAUGGACACCUGAAGGCAUUCAGAUGCCAUUUCCUUAAAAAUACCUUGGUUUCCAAGUAAAACAUGCUAUUUGACUGAGAACCUUUAGUUUGUAAAUACCGAACCGUAAUACACAAAUGAGACCUCACGCCAAAUGAAUUCUUUAAGCCCUCUUUCCCAUAUCUGUUCCUCUAUGAUAGUCAACUGAAUAAAUGAGAACAACGUGGUAGAUAAAACAACAAACCAUAAAAAAGAUUCAUGCUUGGUUUUAUAAGAUAUUUUGAAAUAUAGGUAUCAUUGCUAUUCUGAGAAACCCAUAUACACCAAAGCCUGCCUUCCACAAAAAAACGGGAAACGUUUCAAUAAAUGUCUGAUUUCCCCCA